AUGAUGAUAACGAUGGUUGCGCUGUAUGCGGCCAGCAACCCCAUUGCAGCAGAGACCACUCGCGACCUGCUGUCCUUCAGCAACAUCAACGAAGAGCGUGUGGCUUCGAAGACUGUGACGAAAACAAACGCCUUAGCUUCAUCGUCGGGGUCAAACAGCGGCGUGUACAAAGGGAACUCGGACAUUACUUCUGGUAGCGGAAGCAGUUCGUUUCUCGCCACUUCGAAGCCUACAAAGGCUAUGAAGGCCCAAGCAACGAAGACUUCGGCUACGAAAAAGAAGAAGACAUUCGUGCCUGCCGAUGGAUCGAGUCGCGACGCUAGUGGAUCGGAGGAACGGUUGUCAGAAUCGAGCGUAGAUGACAGUGGAUCGAAGAACUUGCUGUCUUCAAGCGGUAGUGGUUUGAGUGAACUUUUUGAUAUGAGCGGCCUCGGACUCGAUUCCUUGAGUGGCAGUGAACUGGAUGCCUUGUUCAAUUCGCUGGGUGGCAGUGGUCUGGGUGACUUAUUAGGCAGCUUUGACGACGUGUUGCCGUACCCAAGCGAAAGCGACUCGGGUAGCGAUGGUUUUUCGUCUAUGGCGAAGCUGUCGACAAAAACGACGUCGGAAGAAUCCUCAAAGGCGACCACUUCGGGAUCGAGUGGAGAAGGCAGCGAGUUGAAUGACUUAUUGCUAUCAUCAAGCAGCAGUGAGAGCGCUUCGGACAGCGCUGCGUCCUCGGCGUCAACGCCGUCCUCUACACCCACCAAUAGCCCCGACGAUGGGGAAGGGUGUCCCACUGGGUUCUUUGGCCACUUGGGGUCGUGGUGGCGAAAUACUUUUGGAGGCGGCGACAAAUGUGCUUUGAACAACCGCAGACUUCGCCUGACGCUGGUAGCAUUGUCGGCGGCGAUUAAGUUGUACCAGGGCGGUGGUGUAGAGUGCUGGGCUGUGCAUCGCGGUGAGGUAAGAGCAGACCAAAAUGCAAGCUAUGUGGACCUUCACCAAUGA